CAGCGACUUUAACAACUAUUGUUACAACAGCCAGGAGCACUAAUGAACCAAAUGACAUCAAUUGCUGUGGAAAUGAUCGCGCAGAGGUUAUACACCUGGGACUCCCCACCAGUCAGUCAGAACUGAAGAAGGCUCUUGGAUGACAGUAAGAAUCUGACAGCACAGAUGCAGCUGAUUCAGGCAAAGUUCAUCUUUCCAGGGUUAUGCAACAAACGUUCAUUGGAAGCCAGCCAGCCUGUGGGAGGGGGAUCAGUCAUGGCUGCAGAAGCAAAGCAGACUUGUUAUGAGGGCAGUUCGGUUCAAAGUUUUCAGUUCUACCUGAAACAUUCGGGAGAACACAAGGCCAUUCUCCAGUGUGUUCACAGCAUCCUGCCUGGAGAAUUUAAAAGAAUUGGAGAUGGCAAAAGUAGCCUGGAUGUUCUUGGCGUUGGAAGUGGUGAAGGGCAGUUGGAUGUCCAGAUGCUCUCUCUACUGCAGUCUACAUUCCCUGCUGUUCCUAUCACUGCUGACAUUGUGGAGGGCAGCUCUGAGCUCACAGAUAACUUCAAAGCUUUGGUAGCAAAGACCACCAACCUUCAGAAGAUCCCUUUUGCUUGGCAUAUCAUGAUCAGUGAGGAUUAUGAGAAGCAAAUGAAAGCAGAGGGAGACAUGAAGCGAUUUGACUUCAUACACAUGAUUCAGAUGCUCUACUAUGUGGACGACCUUACUGAAACUAUCAAGUUCUACCACAGCCUUCUGAAAAACAAUGGCAGGCUUAUGAUCGUCAUUGAAACAGCCAACGGUGGCUGGGACACCCUGUGGAAGACGUACAAGAAGGAGCUGUGCGUUGAUGCCAUCACAGAGUACCGUUCAUCAGCAGAGGUGAUCGCUUGCCUGAAGAGCCAGGGCCUAAAAUAUGAGGAGCACAUAAUUCACAACACCUUUGACAUCACAGAGUGCUUCAAUCCAAGCAGCACAACUGGAACACGUCUGUUGAAUUUCAUGACGGCCAGAGAUCACUUCUACCAGUCCUUCACCCCUGAGAUCAGAGCAGGCAUGUUAGACCUUCUCAGAAACAAGUGCAGCACUGAAAAAGAUGGCAGGGUUUUCUUCAACAGCAAUUUGAGCUGUAUACUUGUUUAUGUCUGAGUAUGUCCUAUUGGAAAUGUUCAUACAUUUUCAUUUCUCCAUUUCAUUGAAUCAAUCAAUCAGUGCUUACAUUUGAUCAAAUGCACAAUAUAUUUGCCUGUUGCUAAGAUUUUUCAACCUAUAUUCACCAAGCUUUUUCCUCUUACCAAAAUUACUGUCACUGGUGAUUAAAAUCACCGCCACAGACUGUUUAACCUUUACAAGGUUUUAGAAAAUCAACUAUAAAGUUUUUGAAAACACUCUUGAUAAAGCAUAAAUCUCUUUG